CAAGGACAUCCAGGAGCUCCGUCAGAGCUGUGGAGGAAGAUAUGUUGUUCUCAACAUCAAGGACAAGCAGCAGAUCCCAGAGCUGCUGGACAUGGUGGAAAAGAUGAGACAAUCUGAAAAUAAACCAUCCUGCUAUACAGCUGUAACAUUUGCACGUGCACAAAUGGAAAAGGUCAUACAACAAGAGAGGAUAAUAAAGAAGAACAAGAUCACUUGUGAUGAUGAGGAGCAGAGCCCAGAGAGUCUCAGGAUUGUGCUGAUAGGGAAGACUGGAAGUGGAAAGAGCUCUUCAGGAAACACCAUUCUAGGAAGAAAGGAGUUUAAAACCAAAUCAAGUCAAACAUCAGUCACCAAACAUUGUCAGAAAGCACAGAGUGAAGUGGACGGUCGUCCGGUCGUUGUGGUCGACACUCCUGGUCUGUUUGACACAACUUUGUCCCAUGAAGAGGUUCAUGAGGAGAUGGUGAAAUGCAUCAGUCUUCCGGCUCCAGGACCACAUGUCUUCCUGUUGGUGUUACAGAUCGGCAGAUUUACACAAGAGGAGAAGGAGACAUUAAAACUCAUCAAGAAAGGCUUUGGGAAGAAUGCUGAAAAGUUCACCAUCAUUCUUUUAACUGGAGGAGAUAAACUAAAGCGUGAGAAAGUUUCUAUUGAAGAAUAUAUUGAAAAUAAAUGUGAUGAUUCCUUUAAGAAGCUGAUCUCUGACUGUGGAGGAAGAUACCAUGUGUUUGAUAACUAUGAUAAACAUAACGGCACACAAGUCAGUGAGCUGAUAACCAAGAUUGACACCAUGGUGAAGGAAAAUGGAGGCAGCUGCUACACCAAUGAGAUGCUGCAAGAGGCCGAGGCAGCUAUAGAGAAAGAAAUGGAGAGAAUCCUGAAGGAGAAGGAAGAAGAGAUGAAGAGAGAGAGGGAGGAGCUUCAAAGAAAAUAUAAGAAUGGAAUCAAUGAAGAAAUUGAAAAGGAGAGAAAACUGAGAGAAAAAGAACUUAAAGAAAAGGAGGAGAAGAUAAAGAAGGAACAGGAAGUAAGAGAAGAAGAAGACAGGAAGAGAAAACAACAGGAAGAAAUUCAGCGACAGGAGUGGAAAUGA